AUGACUCUUACCAUGAUUCAAUCCUCAACCGAGUUCGAAGCGGAUCAGCUCUACAACGCCAUUCACUACUCAGAUUUCGCCUAUGACUACACAACGAAGGUUUCAGCCUAUUUGAAAGACUUUCCUGCUCUUCCCUCCGUUUCGACCACCGAAUACUCCUACGCACCAACCUCAAUACCUACUUGGUGGUCAGAUUUCACGCACAAUACACUUUUGUCAGACAUGUCUUAUCCAGUCUCACCAAGAGAGUUGAAAUCUCUCAUUGCAGCCGAAUUACACCAAGGUCUUACGCAGUCAGCUAUCCUCCAGCAUUGGAUGCAGAGAUGUGGGAGCGAAAUCCCGCUUGGCAGUGCCGCUGCAGCCGCAGCACUCCAAGACGCUAUUAUCGUGGCCUCUGAUGCUGAGUGGUACGAGCACGAUGACCAUUUCAUCACGGAACUCGGAAUAUCUGUUCUCAAUCCGCGUUCCGUGCCACAGCCAUUUACCUCAUCACCAUGGGGUAUUCUCACCAGCAUGGAGAACUACCACGUGCGCAUCAAACCACACGCACAUCUCACCAACAAAGACCUCUGCGAAGGGCACCCGGAUGCCUUCCAGUUUGGCAGCACAACCUUUGUCAGCGUGAAAGAAGCGAAAGAAAUGCUGCGCAGCGUUUUCACUCGCCGAGACAUCUACGGUAAUCUACGUCCAAUCAUCUUCGUCGGCCACGCCGUCUCGAAUGACUACGAAGUCAUAAAAUCGCGCUUUGGUCUCGACCUUGAGGAACUCGGCACUAUCGUCGCAACAAUCGACACACAAGUGCUGGCCGUAGAACACGGCCUCGUAAACCCAUCCCGCAAAAUCCGCCUCGCACACCUCCUCUCCGAAUACGACAUCAAAGAACCAUACCUUCACAACGCUGGUAACGACAUCGUAUGCACCAUGAUCGCCGCUUUCCUCAUGCUUUGUCCUCCCACCGAAGCCCCGCUCAAUAAGUUGCAUUACGUAGACCUCAAAGCGCAACUCCACAACGCGGGCCAAACCGCCAUCAAAGAAGGCCGCGGGUAUGGCGUCACACGUUUCUACGCGAAGACUCUACGCGUAGUCGGCAAGCGCUUCUUCACUACCCUCAAGACCACUCUGAUGGCGUCCGAUCUCGAAAAGCUCGACGGCGUCUCUCGAAGUGCGCGGCUAGCCGAAUACGUUAGAGCCAUUCGGAUCCAGGACGACCAACAGAAGGCUGUAUCUAUGCCCUCGGGCGAGGGCAUUCGUCUAGAGCCAGAAGAGCUAGCGAGAUUGAGAACGAGGCACUGGAUCUGGGCGUGCGAAGCAGUGGGCGUCCUUGAGGUAGACAAGACUGUCGUUGCCAAAUUGAAGGCGAUACUCGAGGAACGCCUUUUGUCUCUGGAAACCCUUGCUAUUCACUAUUAUUACACCAGAGAUGGGAAGGAAGAUGCCGAAGCAACCGUUGCGCUCGCUCAAGAGCUCAUUUUAGGUGGUAAACCGGCCACUACUUCAUUUUCAGUCUACCUCAGUUUGCGAGGGCUUCCCUGCAUGGGAGCCGUCUUGACGCUGUACCUUGAUCGAUCCGGACAAAGAGAAGGUUUAGAUAUCAGACUGCUUCAGAAGGUGGGAUUGCAGCUGUCGUCCGGUGGACCUCCAUCGGACCAUCUGCUUACCACAGUUUCCCAGUGGGCGCAAAGGUUGGGAGAUCUCCGACUGGAGUGCUCAGGACCGGGAGAAGCACUACUUGUCGACCUCGUGCAUCAAGGAAGGUUCCUGCCCAAGCGGACGAUCCUGCGGUUUUCGUCAAAGGCGUUUCGUCAUGUUUGCAGGACAUCCUGA